GAGAGAAAAGGCAAUAGCAGCAGCGGGGUCGAGUCUGGUUGGGGAUAGAGAACGUGGCAUGAUACUCUGAUGUUUAAAAGGAAAGGUAACUCACAGAAGUAUUGAAACUGAAGUAAUAAGCAAACUGUGAAGCGAUAUGGUGGAUAACAGAGACGUGGAUCCGAUUUCUAAUGCAACCUUUCUUCAGUGUGAAGAAGGAUUUUCUUCUACUGAAGAGAACCAAAAGAAUCUGUGACCAACCAAGUCUGCGCACCAAAGAAGUCCCUUCCCUCUUAAGCUUGUGAAUAUUGGGCUUCAUGGUUGGAUAUCCAGGAACAGACCAAUUCUGUACUUGUGAACGAUCAUGCUUGGAAUAUUCUUUCGAAAAAACAUGUCACAGAAACUGAGUAUACUGUUGCUGAUCUUUGGCUUGAUUUGGGGCCUGAUGCUUCUGAGAUACGCCUUUCAGCAUCCGAGACACCAGAGCAGUGCUGAGCUGCGCGAGGAGAUUCUUGACCUAAGUAAACGAUAUGUCAGGGUGCUGGCUGAGGAAAAUCAAAAUGUAGAUGGAUUGCGUGGGACGUCAAUGGCUGGAUAUGCUGACCUAAAGAGAACCAUUGCUGUCCUGCUAGAUGAUAUAUUGCAGCGGCUGGUGAAGCUGGAAAGUAAAGUAAACUUUGUUGUGAACAACUCCAUGACCAACACUACGCACAGCAAACCAACGGAUAGGGCAGAUCGCCCAAGAUAGCAAGUUGUGAACAUUGAUAGCUUAAAUCUAGUAGACCUUGGCUCAAUUGUGGCAGCUUUUUAGAAGAAAGUUAGUUUACUUCACUGUAAAGUGAUUUUUCAUCUUUUAGUGCAAGCUAGUUUUUUUUUUUUUGUUGUUGUUGUUUUAGGAGCCUGUGGAUUAAAAAUCUCCACAGACGGAACAAAUUCAAGCUUGUGUUCUCUGAUCUUUGUUUAAACAAAGAUAUGUUUCGAAACGUUUCCUGUUUUGCAUAUGAAUAUCAGUCCGUUUUAGUGAUUAACUUGAUGGCGUAUCAAGUGAGUUUUUAGUAUUGGGCUUAAAAUCAUACUCCAAUAUUUAAAUGGCAUAGAAUGUAUUGUAGCUUUGGAAAUUGUACAGUAAAUUAUAAAAUCAACCCAAAGAAUUUGCACUGUACUAUAUGUGAAGGCUUAUGAUUGAUUUAAAAUAACUAUAUUUUUCAUAUCAGCUAUAACUAAGCUAUGAUACCAAGCGCUACCACCAACCUUACAAAUGACGGUGUAGUCCUGCAUCUUAAAGUACAGGAAUGCCAAUUACAAUAUUCAUUUUUCUAAAACAAAGUAGACGAAAUCAUGUUUUAUUAGUACAUUGAACUUGAGGUAACAUUUAGUAGGUAGUGUGUCUCACCUGCGACUUUUAGGAUCAGUGCAAGUUUUUAUGUUUUUUCUAUUCCUUUCGAUUUAUGAGGUCAUCUCUCAUACAGAUCUUCAGUCACCACGAUGCUCUGUGUAUUAUAUCACCCCCCCCCC